GAGGGUCUGGAGCACCCCCUGCUGAGCCGCUGGGCUCAGUACCUUGCAGGCAGGUCCGAUGAUGCCUUCAUCAUCUCACCUGAGCUCAAAAUUCUGGUGCGUGAAGGCGUCCCUCGGGAGUAUCGGCAGAGAGUGUGGCGCUGUUUGGUCCGAACCAGAACUUUGACAAGCCAAGAGUGCCACAUGCAACGCUAUCAGCAGCUGUGUGAGAAGAGUCGGACAGCUCCUAAUCCUGCCUCCAGGCAGGUCCAGCUGGACCUUCACCGAACCCUGACGACCAAUCAGCACUUCUCUUCGCCGUCCAGCCCCGCCCUCCAGCAGCUCCGCCGCGUCCUUCUGGCCUUCUCCGGGCAUAACCCUGCCAUUGGCUACUGCCAGGUACUCAACAGGUUAGCGGCCCUCGCUCUGCUGGUCCUCCAAAGUGAAGAAGACGCCUUCUGGUGUCUGGUGGCAGUGGUGGAAGCCAUCAUGCCUCAGGACUACUACACCAAGAAUCUGGUGGCCUCUCAGGCGGACCAGCGCGUGCUGAAGGACUUCAUGGCGGAGAAGCUUCCUCGCCUGGCAUCUCACUUUGAGGAUCACAACAUUGACGUCUCUCUGGUCACCUUCAACUGGUUCCUGGUGGUUUUUGUGGAGAGUCUGCCCAGCGACAUCCUGAUGCCUCUGUGGGACGCCUUCCUGUAUGAGGGUACCAAGGUGAUCUUCAGAUACACUCUGGCUCUGUUCAAAUACAAAGAGGACGACAUCCUGAAGAUUCACGACAGCGUGGAGAUCUACCAGUACCUACGCUUCUUCACAAAGACCGUCUCCAAUGCCAGGAAGCUGACCAGCAUCGCCUUCAACGACAUGAACCCACUCCCCAGCCGGCUGCUGAGGAACCGGCGAGUGCUCCACCUGGAGCGCCUGCAGGCGGAGCUGCGUGAGCUGGAGGAGCAGCACAAGCAGUUCAUCACCGAGAGCGUCGUACGGAAAGACAAAGAGCUCGACGUCAUGGUGAGCGAGGACGACGAGGACCUCUGAUCACACGGGACGCUUCAGCUGCUCACUUCGAGACGACGAUGAGUUUUCCAUGAGUUCAAGAGAAUUUCACUAAACCGGCUGUUAACUGGUUUCCUUCACACUAAACACAGGAUUGUGUCAGGUUCACCAUCUCUACUAACACUACAAGGAAACAGACGCAUACAGAUUUAACUGCAUCACAUGUCUGAAACAAGACUUGCAGUAAACAAAUGUGUACUGUGUUCAUGUGUGUAAUAAGUCAGGCUGCAGAAAUGUGCAGAUGUAUUUCAGUGAAUUCAUUUGGAUUAAUAUGUGAUAGCUUAUUUAUUUCAUUGCAUCUUUUGCUUUAUACCUAAAAAUGUGUGACAUUUCUAAAUGUAGUCACAUCCCUAUGAAACAUGGUUGAUUAUCACCUGUAGUCACAGCUGGUGAUAAAGUAAUUAAAUGUCCAGCUAUUCAAAAACAGGGCAUUCUGCACAAUGAGUACUUUUUGGUACUUGAAGUAUAUUUUGAUGCUGAUGCUUCAGGGCAUUGUGCUGCAUUGUCGAAGCUCUCUGGGCUUCCGGUUAGAACGACCUCACAGUGUUUUAUUUUGAUCUGGUGUAAAGUGCAUUGUGCGGAAAUGACAGCAUGAUAGUCACAUGAUAAAACUGACUUUCUUUUUCUUUUUUUAUUUUACUGGGUGUGCAUCUUGUUCAAAUGUCUUUUUCAGCAUUUGUACAUAAAUAUUCUGUAUAUAAAUAUUUGAUUUUCAUUUAUUUUACAGAGUCCUUUAUUUUGUUUCACAAAUAUGACAUUCAUGUCAAAUGACAUCUGCAGACUUUAUAAUGACCAGCAGGGGGCAGUGUAUUGCAGUCUAUGAGAACAUUUACUGAGACCUGUUUCAUGCACUAGUUUCAUGUCUCAUUGAAUCCAACAUGAUGUUGAUUUUGUAAAUUAAGGUCACAUCUUCAUCACAUCUAAUUUCAAAACACUGAUCAAUUU